ACCAGACCAACGUGGUCCUGUCCCACCUGGAGCGUCCUUGGGAGGAGAGUACCCCAGCGAUAUCUACGACUCUCCGGAUCUCAGCGUCCCUCCGUUUGAGGCACCCCGUUUUGACGCUGAGGCCGAGAUGGUUGAUAGAUUACUUGCACGGUGUGUCGACGUCGUCUUCCUAAACUGCUUCGGGGCCAUUUUCGGGAGAUGGGUGGGCAGAGAUGGCUGCCCCUUGGUGUGCGUAUCCGAGAAUCCAUCUCUGACCAAAAGAUUACCGAGACUGAUUAUUUCUGGCAAAGGGACGAGCCGACCAGCGAUAUAAGUGUGUCUCCGUUGAAGCUCUUUGUGGAUCUCGACACCUUCAUGGACGAGCAAGUUGCCCAGAGCCCGUCUCACCUGCCCACGACCGUGUUUCAGAGCCUCGGGCGAGACGAGCAGCAGAUUGACCGAUGUCUGCGGAGCGCACUGCAUGCCUAUAUCGCCCGGUGGCUCCCGCUCUUCCUGCGCACGGAAUCCGGGGCCCGGCAUUCGGUGCCGCCGUUGGACGAAAUCAGCCGGUCAUGCUGGCGCACGGCGAGGAAGGACAUGCUCAAGGCCAUCAACCUGCCCUCCUACCGCUCGGUGCUGGCGUUGUACCUGUUCGGCCAGACUCCCGUGCCGCUGGGCAUCUCGCCGGAGGAGGAACUGGACGGCAUCAGCGGCGUGGUGUGCAGCAAGACCGCGCUGCUCCACGUCCAACAACUGCGCGAGCGGCAGCGGUGUUGCCAGUUCAACGGCUCGGGAUUCUCGGCCUGGUCGGACGCGUCGCCGGACGCCCACGACAAGAACCCAACCGCCGCCGCGGCCGCCAGCCCGACGACCCAUCUCACGGAGGCGUACCUGAACCUCGAAAGCCGGGCGUACUGGGCGACCGUCACCUGGGACACGUCGGACUCGAUGACGCUCAAUUUCCGAUCGACGCUGUCCUCGGGCCUGAAGGGCGCGUGCACGGAGCCCGUGUGGCAACUGGCCCGCGGGUUCCUGGUCGGGUGGUUCCACGACCGGACGCACGCCUGGCGCCGGCCGGGGUUCCGCGUGUCGUCGGACGUGGCGCCGCAGAUCACGUCGGCGGCGUCGGUGUGCACCAUCUACACGUGGCGGACGAUCGCUAGCCUGAAGGAGGCGCUGAGGGAAGGCGUCGACGAGGCCGGCGUCCAGGUCGGGUGGGCGGCCCUGCUCGACGCCGUCGACGUCUUCACCACCACCGUCCGCCCGAUCCUGCGCAACUGCGAGCGCCAGCUGCACUUCCUGGGCCAGGUCGACCGGCUCCACUGGUACGAGAUCGUGCUGCUGUACCACCUGGGCAUCCUGAUCCUCGCCGACGCCCUCGAGGCCGCCCACCGCUCGGACCUGCUGCGGCAGCUGGAGGCCCUGAGUCUCGCGGCCGAACACGAAUGCUUCAACGUGCUGAAAUUCGGCCUCGAGAGCACGUACACCCUCACGGCGAGCCGCCCACAUCAACGACAACAGCAGCAGCCCUCCUCAGACAGCGCGACUGAAACGGAACUCCCUGCACAGUCGUCGCUGCGGGUGUCGUUCGUCGCAAUCGACCCUUAUCCGCAACACGUGGUCGCGGCGGUCAUGCUGAUGGGCAAGGCCUUCCUGCGGCAGUACUCGCAGGGUUCCAUCACGCACGAGGCAUACUGCCACCUGGCCGCGACCUUGCGCGACGCCCUGUGCCAGCUCCCGCAAAAUUCAAAGGCCGUCCAAUCGGCGAGGGAGAAUUUGCAGAAGCUUUCCGCGGGCUACGAUUCCGCGUCAGAACCUCCCCACGCACUGAGUCCGUGACCGCAGGAGCUUGGAAAGGCCGGGCUGCCAGAGAAGAAAAAGGAGGCGAGGGCCGGACCAGAUCAAAAUCAGCCCAGGUCCAAGAAGGCUUGGGUCUAGAAGUAAGUGUUUCUCUUGGCCAGUCCAAGGAGAAGACCUCGCCUCGUUCGUGAAAGCUCCUUCGGCGACAACUCACGCUUGUCG